CCCAGUCGGAUGCCGUAGUCUCGGGUCCGGAAGUUGUCCGCUGCCGGAAGUGGCGAGCGGUUUGGCGCUCGCGGGAAAACUCGUCUUGUGUCUGGGUGGCGGUAGGAGCCUAGCUGCCAUGAGCCUCUGGGUGGACAAGUACCGGCCGUGCUCUCUUGCCCGGCUGGACUAUCACAAGGAACAGGCGGCGCAGCUGCGCAACCUGGUACAAUGUGGUGACUUCCCUCACCUCCUAGUGUAUGGACCAUCAGGUGCUGGAAAAAAGACAAGAAUUAUGUGUAUCCUACGAGAACUCUAUGGUGUCGGGGUAGAAAAAUUGAGAAUUGAGCAUCAAACUAUCACAACUCCAUCUAAAAAAAAAAUUGAAAUCAGCACCAUUGCCAGUAACUACCACCUUGAAGUUAACCCCAGUGAUGCGGGAAACAGUGACCGGGUCGUAAUCCAGGAGAUGCUGAAGACCGUGGCACAGUCACAGCAACUUGAGACCAGCUCCCAAAGAGACUUCAAAGUGGUAUUAUUGACAGAGGUGGACAAACUCACAAAGGAUGCUCAGCAUGCCUUGCGCAGGACCAUGGAGAAGUACAUGUCCACCUGCAGGCUGAUUUUGUGCUGUAACUCCACGUCUAAGGUGAUACCCCCAAUUCGCAGUAGGUGCCUGGCAGUUCGUGUGCCUGCUCCCAGCAUUCAAGAUAUUUGCAGUGUAUUAUCCACUGUCUGCAAGAAGGAGGGUCUGGCUCUUCCUUCGAAACUGGCUCACAGGCUGGCGGAGAAGUCCUGCCGAAACCUCAGGAAAGCCUUGCUUAUGUGUGAAGCUUGCAGAGUACAGCAAUACCCUUUUACUGAAGACCAGGAAAUCCCCGAGACAGACUGGGAGGUGUACUUGAGGGAGACUGCAAAUGCCAUUGUCAGUCAGCAGACCCCACAGAGGCUCCUUGAAGUCCGAGGAAGGCUCUAUGAGCUCCUAACUCACUGUAUUCCUCCUGAGAUAAUAAUGAAGCAUUGUGUGGGUCUGAAAUUUCCCACAAGAUAAAGUGGUUGAAAUUGAGCAGAACACCAUGGGCAGCCACAUGGAAGAGGACAUCAUUGAAAAGGAUUUCAGGAUGUUAACAUCUCUAGGUUGUGGUUCAUUCGGGGAGGUGAAGCUGGCCUGCCACCUUCCCACACAUACACGAGUAGCUGUCAAGGUCCUUGAGAAAAACACCAACAGUGUGGCUGACAUCAGUACUGAAGUGAACAUCCUUCAGUCACUGGAACACAGGAACAUCGUUCGAUUUUUUGACAUGAUCGACACACUGUCAACCACUUAUGUGAUUAUGGAGUAUGUGGCAGGAGAAGAUCUGGAGAGCUGCCUCAGGGCACUGGGCUAUCUAAAGGAGGAGGAGGCUAGAGGGAUUUUUAGGCAGGUGGUGUCAGCGGUUCACUUCCUCCACCAGAGACACAUCGCACACCGUGAUAUUAAAUUGGAAAACAUCCUAGUCGAUGCAGCAGGAAAUGCAAAGCUUUGUGACUUUGGUAUGGCAAUUGAAAUCACAGAGGGGCAGAUGUUGCAGGAGAUCUGUGGCUCCUUGCUCUAUUGGGCCCCAGAGAUCUUGGCCAGAAAGCCCUAUGAUGGACUGGCAGGUGAUAUGUGGAGCUUGGGUAUCGUUCUAUAUGUCCUUGUCACAGGGCACUUUCCAUACAUGGAAGAAACCCUUGAAGGUAUGCACAGGCUCAUCACCACCACAGUGUGUCCCAUUCCCUACCAUCUGUCAAAACCCUGCCACAUCAUCAUUGCCCGACUACUCAUGGUCCCCACUUGGUACCGAUUCACAAUCUGUCAGCUUGUGGAAAGAGCAUGGCUGGGCCCAAUUCAAGAACAUGUACUGCCUGCCACCAAAGAAAUCCUGCCCAGGGUCGUGGAGACUAUGUGCACCAUCGGCUAUACCUGUGAGGAGAUUGUGUCAUCCCUAACUCACAGGCGAGAAGAUAAACGUGUAACGGCUACAUGCAACAUUCUCAAAUAUCAGCUGAGUGGUGGAGACAGCAAUCAACAAGAGCAGAUGCCCUGGUUAACUAGCAGCCCUGCAGGUCCUGUUCGCCUCCCUCUCCCCUUGAAGAGAGCCAGUGAUCCAGCAUUUACAACCAGUACACAUGCUGGGAAGGGUCACUUUAAGGAGGAGGGUGUGGAAGAAAGAGGCAAAAGAUGCAGAAGCUACAC